AUGUGCCGCUGGACUAUCAUUGUUCUGUGCUUUGCGCACAUCGUGGGGCAGGAUAUUCUCGAUUUUGACGAUGCGUGCCACAAGAGCAACGCCAUCGAAUGUUCUGCAUCCUGGCUGCAACGACGCGCCCGUCGAGUCCAAGAAAACUCUCCUGCCCAUGCCCACGAGCUGGCAAUGGAGGAAGACUCGAAAACAGUAUCGGCUGCACAUUCGUCGGAAGAGAUGUCUGUGAAAUCCAUGACCGUGGUGAACUCCAGCACGAGCUUUUGCGACACCCACACGGGAGGCCCUACUCGAUGCGUCAGUGGUGAGUGCAUGUGUCAGCCGGGUUAUUGUUCAGACGAUGAUGGAAGGUGUCACAAGAAAAAGCCAGAUGUUUUCGCAGACAUCGUUCCAAUCAACGACGAGAGGAAAGAGUUCCCACCCAGACAGGCGAAUCUGCAGACGGCCGUCUGCCUGAGCGGUGGUGGCACCAGGGCAAUGGUGGCUGCGCUGGGUGCUCUGAGGGGCCUCGAGUACCUGGACUUAUUGGGCCACACGGACCUUCUGGUCUCGGUGUCUGGUGGCACAUGGACCUCGGGACCUUUCAUGUUCUCGCACAUGAGCAAGGGCCACCUCCUUGGAUCCCCCACGCGACCCUCGGAGCUCUCCCUCGAGGAGCUGACGACGCGGCCAGGGUUGAUAGGCGACGGGGCGACUCACGACAUUUACCACCUGCUCAAGACUGCAUUUCUCAACAACGACGACCCGCACUCGAUUUGGGUGGAUGCAUUCAACGAGAUCCUCUUGAAGCCCAUUGGCCUGGGCAACAUGAGCAAGUACAUGGCUCCGGAUGACAGCACCGUCCAGCGCAUCAUUCGCAAGAAUCCUCACUUGCAGCGCGAGGACUUCAUUGUCCCGCCGUCUGAUCGGCCGCGUGCCUUCGUCAUGCUUGGAGUUCUGCUCGCCCCCUUGGGACACGAAUCCGAUGAUGAUACAGUCGUGUCUUUGCAGAUGUCUCCAGACUUCUCCGGCAGCCCUUUCUAUCCUGGACGGGAAGGCCAGCUGCAGUUUGACGAAGAGGGCGAGAACUGGCUCGCCAGCUCCGAUAUUCCUGCUCUCAAGUUGGCCGAGACCUUGGCUCCCGUCGUGGGAGGCGGCAUGGUGGAGACCUUCGCAUUCGGUUCUGACACGCCCUUUUCGGACCAAUCUGGAGGACACGGCGUGAGAAUGCCGUCGCCUUCGGAGCCCCUGAGUUUGGCGAAGGCCGUGGGGGUGAGCAGCGCCGCCUUUUCGGCCUACACCUCGCAAGCCAUGGACAAGUUGGGAGGGCAGAGAAUGCAGGCUUUGAUACCGGUCGCAACGCUUUGGCCGAUAACUUCCAAGAAGUUUCCUGGUCCCAAGGCAGCUGCGAAGUUCAAGAUCGGCGAUGGAGGCCACAUGGACAACUCUGGGCUGCUGCCGGCACUGCAGCGGAAGGUGCCUAGGAUUGUGAUGUUCUUGAACACCGAUGUGAAGAUUGGCAUGAAGUCGGACUUCUGUGCUUACACCCCAGUGGGUGCAGGGGAACUCGGAGGAGCAGCUGCGUGGUACUUCGUGGACAAAUUUGGACUCGGAGCCCAUGUCGACGGGUCGUUUCUGAUGCAUAACCAGGUGUUCCGGUUCAAAGACCUGCAGCCAAUCCUCUGUGACCUUCAAACGCAUAGGCGCGCCGGCCGACCGGCCGUGAGCCUGAGAGAGUUGGAGGUGCUCAAGAACAGCUGGUGGGGCAUUGAAGGAGGCUGGAAGCUGAAGCUACUCGUCUAUCACUUGGACAAGAGCAAACUCUUCGAGAACCAGCUGCCUGCGGAUACGCAGAAGGAGAUCGCUGCAGGGAAAGAGGGUAUGUUUGCCAACUUCCCGCAGUUCACAAUGGUCCGGCAGAACCCGCGGUCUUUGAUUUCCUACACCAGCGCCCAGGUGAACCUUCUCUCCUCGCUCGUGGAGUACGGCGUGCGUCAGCAUGCCAGCUACUUCCGGGAAGUGCUCGCGGGCAUCCCCCGAAAUCUCUGGGAGCCACAGCCCAGCGCCGGGUUCGAGGCGCUGCACCCACGCGAAGCUGCCCAAGGAGACUCUGAGGAGCUUGCAGACAUCCUCCGCAGUUAG